UUAAGCGGAGGGGCGGAUCACGGUCUGGGCCCUGAGUUUUUCCACUUUUUCAUUUCCGUAUAAACAAAACAUGGCGGCCGCGGAUCCCCGAUCCUCGAGUGACGGCGGCCCCGCCAGCAGAGGCGGAUUCCCGGCCGGGGAGAACAGCAACGACCGGGGCGGCGCCGGGGGCAGCGGCAGCGAGAGGGAACGGGAGCGGGAUCGGGCCACGUUUGAGUGCAACAUCUGCCUGGACACGGCCCGGGACGCCGUGAUCAGUCUGUGCGGACACCUGUUCUGCUGGCCUUGUCUCCAUCAAUGGCUGGAAACGAGGCCCAGCAGACAGCAGUGCCCGGUGUGCAAAGCAGGAAUCAGCAGAGACAAAGUCAUCCCUCUGUACGGCCGCGGGAGUGCCAGCCAAGAGGACCCCAGGUUGAAAACUCCGCCGCGACCUCAGGGCCAGAGGACAGAGCCGGAGAGCCGAGGGCCCUUCCAGGGAUUCGGGGACACCGGCUUCCACAUGUCGUUUGGGAUCGGCGCUUUCCCCUUCGGUUUCUUCACCACAGUCUUCAACACCAACGACCCUUUCCACAGAGCAGAUCCUCACUAUGGUGCUGAUCACCAAGGCAACGGUAACCCCAACAACGGCAACAACUGGCAGGACUCCCUCUUCCUGUUUGUGGCCAUCUUCUUCUUCUUCUGGUUGUUGAGUGUGUGA